AAGAAGAAGUGCGUUAACAAUAUAUAUAUAUAUAUAUAUAUAUAUAUAUAUAUAUAAUUGUUGCCUUGGUUUCAUUAGUAAAUAUUAGCCUCUGUUAUCAAAUCGUUUUAAAGCAAAAGAAGAAAUGACCGGUGUUGCUGCCGACGGUGACGUUUCAUCGUCGCUUUCCAAGGAAAAACAAGUAGUAGAAGCAGCGACAAUACGAGAAGGACAGAAUCAAGAACAACAAAAGCAAGAAGGGAUUAAAGGAUGCAUGCAUAAGACUAAGACAAUUCAGUUCUUAGGUCGUACUACGCCUAUUAUUCUCCAAAACGACAAUGGACCUUGCCCUCUCCUCGCUAUCUGUAAUGUUCUCCUUUUAAGGAACAAUUUGAACCUGAGCCCUGAUAUAGCAGAAGUUUCACAGGAGAAAUUGCUUUCACUGGUGGCCGAGCGCCUCAUUGAUUCCAACAGUAAUGUCAAUAAUAAAGAUGAAGGGUUUGUUGAAAAUCAGCAGCAGAAUAUUGCAGAUGCAAUUGAUUUACUUCCACGUCUUGCUACAGGGAUUGAUGUAAAUAUCAAAUUCAGGAGAAUAGAUGAUUUUGAGUUCACUCCAGAGUGUGCCAUAUUUGAUCUGCUUGAUAUUCCCCUCUAUCAUGGUUGGAUAGUUGAUCCCCAGGACUAUGAAACUGCUAGUGCUAUUGGGUCAAAAUCCUACAAUGCAAUUAUGGAGGAGCUUGUUGCACUGGAAACACGAAAUAUGGAGGUUUCACACAAAAAUAAUUCUGAAGAUUGUGUGGAUUUUGCUGCUGCUACUACUGCCACUUUAGGAGUUCCCUCUCCUAGCCUGUCAAAAACCAGAUCUUUUGAUGAGUCUCCUCGUUCUGCUUCAGAUCAGCAAAUAUUAAGAAAAGGGGACCUUGAGGAGGAAGCAGAGCUAUUGAGAGUCUUGAAAUUAUCAGAGUCUAAAUCACCGACCUCUGUUGGUGGUUCUGGCAGUUUAGCUGAAAGAUCAUGUUCAAAGAACCUUGUUUCUGUAGAUGCACAAGAGGGGGACAGAAGUAUUGGAAAUGAGAGCAUGCCCCUGCAUGAACCUUACUUGUCAGAUGAUUGUCCUUCCUUGAGAAAUGAUAGUUGUAGUAAAGCAUGUUUUGAGACCCUCAGAGGGGAAGUAUCCCCGAAGACUGAUGGGAUUAAUCAGAAUUCUUCUUAUGUUAAAUCUGGAGAAGGUACCCUUUCCAAUGAUGCAGUUGAGAAUAUGGCUGUUAAGGUGAGUAGUGCGGAUGAUUUGCUCCAGAUUGAAGGUGCAGUUCCUAUUUCUCUUGCAGAGGAUACUGCACCUAUAGAUGGAAACAACACUGAAAAUUCACAAGGGGGUGAAAACAUCGAGAUUCAAUCCACUUCUGCUACCGAUGCUCAUUACAUUCCGGAUAACAUAAAUGGGUUUGACCCAACAGAAGUAUCAUCUAUCUCCCUACAAAAAGCUGGUUCAGAUUCGUCUAGUGACAGAAUACAUAAUGCUGAUGUGCUAGAAACUUUUAGUUCUAGUCUCGAUGGAAGUGAGCCUAUAUAUGAAGGAGAAGAUUGCAUAUUAGAUUCGGUAACUACAUAUGAGAACCGGGAACCUAUCUAUGAAGGUGAGGUUAUUCUUGCAAAGCAAGCUGACAACAUUUCUGUAGAGGUCUGUACUGUGAGGUCCAAAGAAGAAAUUACUCCACAACAAGGUGAACUAAUUGCAAACUUCUUGAAGAACAAUGCCAAUCAAUUGACCUUUUAUGGGCUUUUUUGCUUACAAGAUGGUCUUAAAGAACGUGAGCUCUGUGUUUUCUUUCGCAACAAUCAUUUCAGCACCAUGUUUAAGUAUGAUGGUGAGCUUUAUCUUUUAGCUACUGACCAAGGCUAUCUGAAUCAACCAGAUUUGGUUUGGGAGAAACUAAAUGAGGUCAACGGAGACACUCUUUUUAUGACUGGAAACUUCAAGGAAUUCAAGGUGGAUAGUCAUGCCACUGGUACUUGGGAUGAGCAAAAUGCAACUGCUGACUACAUUGCUGGCAUUGAUGGUUCAGCGCAUGCAAGAUUGGAUGAAAUCUCGGAUUUACAGCUUGCAAUAGCUUUACAGCAAGAAGAGUAUGAACAACAGCCGCAGCGUCAGAAUGUGCAGCCGCCACCUAUUGUAGGUGCUACAAGAUUAGUAACAGGUCCAAAGGCGUCACAAAACAGUGGAAGGAGCUCUUCGUCUUCAUCGUCAAGGCAAGAGACAAAAUCUAAAGAAAAAUGCAUCGUGAUGUAAGUUAACAGGUGUAUUGUAUUCGGCAAGCCUAGGUCUGUAAAUAGUUUGUCUUUGGUAAUAGUAGGUUUGUAUUUUUGGCACUUAAUAAGAACCCUGAUACCUUUAAUGUCAUUUUGGAUAAGAUGUUUGAUUGUAGAAAAUGAUGUAUAUAUACAAUGCAAUAUAACUUGAUCCAAACCAAAUAAACUCGUAUUCGAACCGACUCCAA